ACUUCUCUUCCUCGUCCUGAAAUAUGUUGUCAAAUUUGUAUUUCCUGUGCGAAUUUGCUACGCGGUUCUCUAAGUUCUUUAAAGCUCCGCCGCAUGUCAGUUUGUUUGGUUUGUUAAAUGGAUUACAACAGUGUUGAUUUCAACAAUAUCACGCUUUCGGAUGAUCGAAAGGUCUUCCUGAAGAGCGAAUGGACAGAAGACGGAAUCAACUUGUUCCUGAUUGUGGAGGAAUCACCGGAAAAGACCGCUUGGAAAGGAUUUCUGCCAAUGUGGGAGAUUGAAAGUAAGUCCAAAGAUUUGGAGUUGCCUUUGGAGAACUUCCUCAGCAACACCAAGGAGGCAUUAACAGCGAUCACGGAGAAAUUCACCUAUGAAUUGACGGAGGGAUGUUUCCGAUGGACGAUGGUUGAGGAUAUAAGAAUUCUCUAUGGAUCUGUGAAUAUGAAACAACUACCUGAGACUCCGGACACAGAGAUUCGAAGCAGCAUGAUCGAUAUUGUGAGGGAAUUGCGAAGACAGUUAGCAGCAAAAUCAGAAGAAUUGGAGAAAUUACAGAGAGUCAAUGAGAAGUGCCUUAAGGAGUACGAGAAAUUCGUGGAGGGGAAAAACGAGGAGGAUAAUGAACUUCUGUCCAAAGUCGUCCUGCUGCUGAACUCGAAGAAGCGACGAAUUGCUGCUCUGGAGGAUCAACUGAAGAGCAACACAUCAGCGUCAACGAGAGGAAAUAUUUCGGCGGAGAGCGAAAUGGAUCCUGAUUCAGUGUCGAGAUCUCAGAAGAUCUCCCAAGAUUCCAACUUCAGCUCGCAGGAUGUGCCUCUGCCGAAGAGGCAAAAGUUGCCGCCAAUCAAAUCCACCAGUCCAUCGUCUAAGCAGCAGAGAGUCGAAGAAGUCGAUAGGAGUGCCGGUGAAGGGACAUCAAAGACAUCGAGAGAUCAGCCAGAGGAUGAUGAUGUUUAUAACAGAGAUACUUUAGACUUGAGUUUAAUUAAUUAAAUUUAUUUACCGAAUGUUGAAAACUAGUUGAGAUACCACUGGUUAGUUAGACCUAAUGCAUAUAAUUCUUUUAUAAAAUAAUCUGCUAUGAAUUGGAACAAUAAAAGGCAAUGAUGCUAAUAACACACUCUUUGUCUUUCUACUUGU